UCUGCUGUAAUUCCUAACAUUAGAUUUCAGUAUUUCACCACGCCCCAAAUCUGAACAACGUACUUAGGAACUGGAUCAUGAAUCCAAACAGCAGAAAAACACACUAAAAUGCAGUGGAUACAGGCAGAUCUGCGUGCUUAAUCUCCACCUUCUGAUCCUGCCAUGUAUGUUUCGCCACUCUACUUACCUCACUGCACUUAAUCAUUCAGUGUCUCAUUCAGAUCUUUCCCAACUCUCAUGGCAGACAAUAACAACCACAACAACAAACAUUCAGAAGAACAAGACGAAGAAGAAAAUGACACCGAACAAUCCAUUCUUAUCCGUUCAUCCAACUCCUCUCCAUCUCACCGCCGCUCCGCCUUUCAUAUCACCAAUCCAAUCUCUAAUUACGCAGCUCGCGGCUGCGUUAACAAGAGGUAUCUCUUCGCAAUUCUCCUCCCGUUUGUUCUACUAGUUGUCUAUUUCACUACGGAUUUGAAAUCGCUUUUCGUGCGCUCCUCGCUAUCGGCUUCUAAUUACGAAGACGUUUCGCGAAUGCGUGAAGCGGAGUUAACGGCGAUGUCGUUGUUACAGAACCAGCAAUUACGGCUUAUUAAGUUACUGAAUGAUACUAGUUUUGUUAAUCACUCCGCGUAUCUUAAUUCCGCUUUGCUCUCUCAGAUUUCGCUUAAUAAACAAAUUCAGCAUGCUUUACUUUCGUCGCAUCAAUUAGGAAAUGUGGUUGGGGAUGGAAAUGAUGGUAAUGAGACGGAUUCGAGAUAUUUUGGUGCUUGUAGGAAAGUAGAUGUGAGAUUUGCCGAGAGGAGGAGUAUUGAGUGGAAGCCGAGAGCGGAUAAGUAUUUGUUUGCUAUUUGUGUGUCUGGACAGAUGUCGAAUCAUUUGAUUUGUUUGGAGAAGCAUAUGUUUUUUGCUGCGGUGCUUGAUCGUGUUUUAGUUAUUCCUAGUCUGAAAGUUGAUUAUGAUUUUAGUCAUGUUUUAGAUGUUGAGCAUAUUAAUAAGUGUUUGGGGAGGAAAGUCGUCGUGACAUUUGAUGAGUUUGCCGAGGCUAAAAAGAAUCACCUGCAUAUAGAUAAAUUUAUUUGUUAUGUUUCCCUUCCCACGCCUUGUUUUGUGGAUGAUGAUCACUUGAAGAAAUUGAAGGGGUUGGGAGUUUCGUUUAAUAAGCUUGACACACCUUGGGAUGAGAAUGUUAAGAAGCCGACGGUAAGGACUAUUCAUGAUGUCACUGCAAAGUUUUCUUCGAAUGAUGAUGUUCUUGCAAUUGGUGAUGUAUUCUUUGCUGACGUGGAGAGAGAGUGGGUGAUGCAGCCAGGUGGUCCUAUUGCUCACAAAUGCAAGACUUUGAUUGAGCCAAGUCGGCUCAUUAUGCUCACUGCUCAGAGGUUCAUUCAAACAUUCCUUGGGGAAGGUUUUACGGCUCUUCAUUUUCGUCGGCAUGGCUUUUUGAAAUUUUGCAAUGCGAAAAAGCCAAGUUGCUUUUUCCCUGUACCUCAAGCUGCUGAUUGCAUCACGAGAGUGGUGGAAAGAGCUAAUACUCCUGUGAUAUAUCUCUCUACGGAUGCAGCAGAAAGUGAAACUAGUUUAUUGCAGUCGCUUGUCAUUUUGAAUGGGAAAGCUGUACCACUCAUUAAGCGGCCAGCUCGUAAUUCAGCGGAAAAGUGGGAUGCCUUACUUUACAGGCAUGGCCUGCAAGACGAUUCUCAGGUGGAGGCUAUGUUGGAUAAGACAAUCUGUGCCUUAUCUUCUGUUUUCAUAGGGUCUUCUGGCUCAACAUUUACUGAGGACAUCCUGCGGCUCCGAAAGGACUGGGGAUCAGCCUCUGAAUGUGAUGAAUAUCUAUGUGAGGGUGAACAGCCAAAUUUUAUAGCUGAAGAUGAAUGAAAGGAACGGGGAAACUCAGUGUCAAUUGCAGUCAUUUGUUUCUCAAUUUUUUGGCAUGUAUGCUGUAUGCAUUCAUUCUAGUGUAUUAUAAUAGAAUGUGCAUUUUAUCUGUGAAGUAUAGAUUGAUUGUAGCAGACUAACAAGUAUUCAUAUCAUUAUUCUACCGGAAGAUACAAUAAGUAAAAGAUUUUUUGAAUUCGUGGGAA